CAGCCGCAUCUGAAGAUAAUCCGGGAGGUGGAGAGUUGCAGCAUCAAAAGGAUCUCCAACCCUCACCAAUCAGCACACAGAGCUGUUUCUAUCCAACGAGAGAUUCCAGUUCCGGAUUCACUUAUUCGCAUUCGCAUGAUGUCCUCAGCCAAGGACGAGUCCAAGUCCAUGAGGGGCCAUUUAUCAGCACCGGUGCAAGGAGAGGGAUCAAUUCCGCCCUUGAAAUACUUGUCUCCAGCAAUCUUCGUCCCCCUCGAAAAAUCUCUUCUGGAACCCUUCGAUCCCCCGCGGGACAAGCUUGAGCGUCUCAAAGUGACACUCGACCGCCUUGACCGACAUUCCGAUCAAGUCCGGCAGAAUUUAUGGUCCAUGUUCUUACGGGAGAGAGAUCGGAUCCUCCAAGACGCGAGGAAGGUCGAAGCAGCACACGGGGCGCAACUCCCGCCCAUUGGUAUCGUCGAAAGUGAGCGCGACACAAUGCUGAAGAACAUGAUGGCUCCCCCGGAUCCAGAAAAAGACUACAGAGCCAUCCAUCCACUUCCCACUCCUUCACAACCCGCCGUUCCGUUGACGACAUGGAGAGAGCGGGCGGCUGACGAGCUGGUCAGUCUGGUCGAAGGUGCCAUAGGAGAGAUUGAUGGCUUUGAUAUGGCGACAACGGAGGUCAAGGAGGGCUAUCGUCAAGCCAUUGAACGUGAGAAGGCCUCCGAGGCACGUUACUUAGGAAACCAAGAAUCAUUAUGAGCUCGGGGCGGAGAGCCGAAGCUCGAUUGCAGCCACGCUGAGAUGUCCCGACACGAAACCCAGCACCAGGCACCGAGGAAUAUGUAUAAUUACGGUAUUUGAUUUCGCGUCGAUGGGAAUGAAUAGGCGUUGGUCAACAGUCAGGGUCGGGAUUUCGUAAGUGAGCGAGACACUCAACGACUGCCAGCCGCUGUCCAAAAAGCAACAUAACCUAUAAUUGUUAUAAGUAAAGAGAAAUAGUGCCUCUGCACUCAGAAAUGUAACGA